CCCCAAAAAUGUCAAACCAGCUCAAGCUUCUCAAUCCUUUUCAGUCACUAUUUAAGCUCUCUAUGUUGUUUCUGCUUCUGCUAAUAACAGCAUGCCAACCUCCUACAAAGCGUAUAGAGGUUGUAGUAUCGAAGCAAACCUCAAUAGAAGCACCAAAAGAACCAGGGCUCUUUGUAAGCAGACAAAUGGCUUCAGAGAAACAUCAGAAUAAACAAAGUCCAAAAGAUGAGAAAAUCUUUGAGAAUAGCAUUGACCACAAGGUGUAUCUGAACCCACCAAGAAGCCUAUCGACAACAAUCUCUCCUGCUGAAAUAACUGUUGAUUCUGCUAUCAUUAUCUCAGCCCAGGAUACAAAUUCAGGACAAAUCUAUUACGUGGAGAUUAAGAACAAGUGCACAAGGAAUAGUCCUAACUAUGACUGAAACUCUGUGGUCUACCAGGAGCAGGUCUUAGACAAUGAUAUCAGAAGAAGGAUGAUCUUCAAUGGCAUUGAUGCCUACACUUAUAGUUUUAGUUCUCCACGACCUGGGAAUAUCACAAUAAAUGUAUAUAAAUACACUUCUGGAAGAAUCUGGACUGAAUAUUACCCUAACAAGGCAAUGACAGGUGUAUCUGAGUUACAAGAAUAUACUUCUACUAUAAACCACAAUUGGGGAACAGGGAAUAUCUAUAACUCAAAGCAGAGCUAUAUCGGAAUAAAGUUUUACUUCCUGCUACUGGCCCCAGCCACAGGCACCUUCACUUUCUCUGGAGAUGUUGAUGAUGACAUUAUCUUCAAACUUGGGAAUACUGUUGUCUCUAGUAGAGGGUGAUGUGGUACCUUUACUGGUACUAUAUCUCUAACUGCUGGAGAGUAUUACCAAGGGUAUAUUGAAUAUGGACAGACAGGAAAUGACGCACUUAUCAACCUGACCUGGAUGUAUCCAGGUCAGCCAGAGGAAAUCAUCCCUUCCUCUGCAUUCUUUGGUCCUGAGUAUGUUGGCGACCAGAUCGAGCUAUCUAUCUUGUGCACUAAUGGAACAUACAAAAUAUUUUCUUCAGGAAGGCCAAUCUGACAACCAGUCUGUGGUGAUGGUUUCAAGGUUGAUCCUGAAGAAUGUGACGAUGACAAUAGCGAUGACUUCGAUGGAUGCAGCUCUCUCUGAGCUAUUGAGUCAAUGCAUAGCUGAGCUGGAGGCUCUCCAACUCAAAAAGACACUUGUGUUCAAUGAAUUGAUGGAACAUCUCCAAAUAACCACAAAUCUAACUGAAUUGCAAGUUGAGGAGACGGAAUGAAACAUUCGACAGAAGCUUGUGAAGACUCUAAUAUAGACAGCGGAGAUGGAUGUGAUUCUGACUGAAACCCUGAGCCUAACUAUAUAUGAAUAGGAGGCACUGCUACCACUUUUGAUACCUGAUCUCCUUGUCCUCAAGGAUUCCCUCCAAAUUCUGCAAGGACUUCAUGUGAACCCCUCUGAGGAGAUGGAUUAAGAGUCAAAAACGAAGAAUGAGAUGAUGGUAAUUUAGUAGAUGGAGAUGGAUGCAACUCUGAUUGACAAAUAGAAGAUGAGUACAUAUGUAAUGGAGGAACUGCUCAAACUAAAAAUAGUUGAUCAAAAUGUAGUGAAUGGUACGAACCAGAUCAAAGCAAAACAUCUUGUGUCUUUGUACCAGAUAGUUAUAAUGAUGCUGAAUCAAGUGUAUAUACUUCUGUAAUCUUCACAUCAACAAUAGGAACUAGCUUCUUAAAUUUCCUUGUGGGUGUUUCAUCAGCGAAAUACUCUCAUACAAUGUUGAACUCUGUAUUCGUCUGUCAAAAUCUACCUUUGCUAUCUAAGUUAGGGGCAUAUCUUCCGAAUCUUGUUUCGAAAACAAUUUCAAACACUGAAAGUAUGUUAUUUUCAUUUAAUUUCUUAAAUAUUGAAGAUACAGCUCUUUUUCAGGACCUGGCUACAACUUAUGGCUACCCAAUGAACAACAACAAGAGGGGACUAGAAGUUCUUUCCAACGGAAGUUGUCUCAUCAAUCUCCUCUGUUUAGUCUGAAUGAGCAUCAUAAUACUACUUUUCCACCUGCUGAUUACGAUUCUGAAGUUUAUUAUUCCAAUGUCUCGAACUCAUAAAGAAAGCUGCUGAAGCAUUUUUAUCAACAAAUUAUUCAGAGCGAUGACUUUUGGGUUUUACAUAAGAUUCAUCAUGCUGACAUAUCUGUAUCUCUGCAUUAUUUCCAUGUGGGAUUUAAGUGGGUGGGUGAACUUAGGAAAAGGCAAGAGUUCAUCACAUUUUACAGCAUCCUUAGUGUUCUUCUUCUUAAUAUUUAUCCUAUGAUUUUCCCUAGUCUUCCUCAUUUUGUCAGAAAGCGAUGAAGGGGAGUUUAAGCAGAGCUUACAGAAAUGAAGAGCUUGUUUUCAAGGCUUAAAUCCCUAUAAGUUCCAGAGGCUAUAUGUAUCCCUCUUCUUCUUGAAGAGACUCUUGGUAUGAGGAGUCAUCUUCUUCCUGAAGGAUUAUUCACUAACACAUAAGCUAAUGAUUAUCAUUUCCAUCAUUGGGUUGUACCUUCUAGUGUUUCUUAUACAGAGACCUUUCCUGAACACUAGAGACCAAGUUAUUGAGAUUAUCAAUGAAGGACUUUACUUAGUCCUGACCUCAGUGCUGUUCUAUUUCAACAAAAGAAAAGAUUGGAAUGGAAAGGCUACAUAUCUCUUCAUGAGUGUCAUUUUAGCUAUCUUCAUCACCAGUUUUGCCUUUAGUAUUGCAAAUCUUUUGUUUUCUCUCAAGAAAAGAAACAAACAACAUAAGAUUAGAAUUAUAAACCAAGGAAUUAAGCAAGAGGUAAAAGAGGAAACAAAGCAAAAUAUGUUUAAAAAUAGCCAACAAAAUAGCAUCCAGAGUCCAGUCAAAGUUCAUUCAACUAAUGACAUCAAAGACAGAAUGGGAAAUUCAUCUUAUAUUUCAAGAACCACCAGAGUUGGACUCAAGCAGUCAAAAGCUACUGCCUUGUCUCCUAAUCAUCAUCAGAAGUACCACGAUAAGGAGAUUCACCUAAGUUCUCAAUUCCACUGGCUUGGAGACCAACACUCUAGACUUCAGAAGACCAAAAAGAGCCCACAGCAGAUUGUCUUAUAACUCUAUAAAACCCUAUUUCUAAAAUUUUCAAUAAGAAAUGUUCCAAAAUUGUAUCAGAACUAAGCAGAUAUUCACUCCUGUGACUCCUUAAGGCUUCCAUUCUUUGUACUAAAGACUCCUUGCACCGACCCAAU